UAUCUCUACCGCCACAUACCAGGAGGAACAGUCACAGGAGUGAUUGACCUGAAUAUAAACACAGCAAUGCCAUGACGCAGUCUAAAUACAUUUCACAAAUGAGUUGCCAGAAGCUAAAGACUCAUUUGAGGCUUCUUUUAUGACGAGUUAGUCCAGUGGAAUUUUGUCUUUUUUACAGUUUUACUUUUGCAUAGCUCAUACUUAAAUUUACAACAUAUAUUAUUAUUUGUAUAUGUCUAUCCAACAUCUACAAACAAUAAUGGAGGUGGAAGGCUGGGACCCCAAUCUGGAGGAAGAGCUGGGCAUUUCUCUGGAUGAGCUGAAGAAGUGGAUUGAUGAGGCUGUGGAGAAGAGUGAGAUUGUGCAGAAGAAAAAUGCUCAACUGACAGAGUUCAAGGAAUGGGUGGAGCAGAAAGAGGAAGAGGAGUCAAAGACAAACGCGCUUCUCAUCGAUGCCAACAAAUCCAUAUUGGAGUGUGAGAAGCUUGUGAAGGAAACCUACCAAAAGAACGGUCUUGUUUACCGAGAGAGCAGCUCGGAGGAUGAGGGAGGCGGGGGGGGCUUGUUGCCCUCUGAAGUCAUCGAGAUAGACGAUGACGAAGACGAUGACGUCAUUGAUGUUGGCUGUUUGGUUCCUCCAAAGAAACCCGGCACCCCUUGCACAGAUCCACUGUUAAAAGAUGCCUCGACAGCGCUACAGAAAACCUCCCAGCAGGUGCAGAAGUUGGUCCACAUUGUCACCAAGCCUUCACUAAAUGCUGCUUUGCAACGGUCUCCAUUAAAGCCUCCACCGCAGUCAGGUAUUCAGGCUUCAGUGCCAGCAGUGUUUGUGUCCCAGGCUCCGUCUCAUUCCAUGACGCAGCCGAACCCAAACAUCACAGAAGACGAGCUGAGAGUCGGGAUGACCAUUCUGGGAAAGAAACGCACCAAGACCUGGCACAAAGGCACCCUAGUUUCUAUCAGCCCUGUGGGAAAUGGUGUAUUCAAGUAUAAAGUGAAGUUUGAUAAAGGGAAGAGUCUGCUGUCUGGGAAUCAUGUAGCUUUCGAAUAUAACCCCACCCUGGAGAUUCUGUAUGUCGGGGCUCGUGUCGUCGCCAAGUACCAGGACGGCAUCCUGGUGUGGCUCUACGCUGGAGUCGUGGCAGAGAUGCCCAACAACAAGAACCGCAUGAGGUUUCUGAUCUUUUUUGAUGAUGGCUAUGCUUCAUAUGUCCACCUACCUGAUCUCCACCCAGUUUGCCGACCAUUGAAGCGUACCUGGGAGGAUAUAGAGGAUGCAUCAUGCCGAGACUUCAUUGAGGAGUACAUCACGGCAUAUCCCAGCAGGCCUAUGGUGCUCCUGAAGGUCGGACAGAUCAUCAAGACUGAGUGGGAGGGAACCUGGUGGAAGAGCAAAGUGGAGGAGGUGGAAGGGAGCUUGGUCAAGAUCCUCUUUUUGGAUGACAAGAGGAGUGAGUGGAUUUACAGAGGCUCCACCAGGUUGGAGCCAAUGUUCAACCUGAAGAUGACCACCGCCAACACCCAGGAGAAGAAGCUGGCUGGCCAGCAGAGGAGCCGUCCUAACAUGGGGGCGUUGAGGAGUAAAGGUCCAGUAGUCCAGUACACCAGUGACGGACAUGUUGGAACUUCGGUCAAAACGCCGCAGGGCUCACCCAGCCAGCCUCCGCAGAUAUCACAACAACAAUCACCACAACAACAAAAAUCACAACAACAACAACAACAACACCAACAACAGGGUCCUCAGCCCCUUCAGCCACAACAAAUCCAACAGAUUCUUCCGCCUCCUCAGCCCCCUCAGCCUCUUCGUGUUGACAACAAACAUCAGAUGGCAAAGAAGAGCACCUCUCCGUUUAUUCCAGGGAUAGGAGGGACCCAUGCCUCCAAAAUCAUGCAGUCUCUUUCUGCCAGCCCCAUGAGUGCAAGAAUGUUGAGCACCCAGGAUAUUGUUGGUCCCACUUUCAAGCAGUCCUUUCCGAGACCCCCCCUUCUGGUCUCUUUCCCCCCUGCUAUUCCCCACACGAUGGCCGUUGUCCCACAUCAGCCCUCUUACCGCGCCUCCACGGACCGCAUCUUCUACCUGGCACACUCCUGUCAGCCCGCAUGUCUGAACCGCGUCAGACCUGUAAAACCAGACGUGCACCGAGGGAAGAACCCCCUCCUCACACCUCUACUGUACGACUUCAGACGCAUGACGGGACGGCGCAAAGUUAACCGGAAGAUGUCUUUCCAUGUGAUCUACAAGGCUCCGUGUGGGCUUUGCCUGCGAAACAUGGGGGAGAUCCAGCAUUACCUCUUCCAGACGCGCUGUGACUUUAUCUUCUUGGAGAUGUUCUGUCUCGACCCCUACGUGCUCGUGGACCGGCCCUUCCAGCCACAGAGGCCCUUCUAUUACAUUCCAGACAUCACUAAUGGAAAAGAGGACAUCCCCCUCUCCUGCGUCAAUGAGAUCGAUUCCGGCCCGCCUCCGAAAGUAGCUUACAGUAAAGAGCGGAUUCCUGAAGAUGGAGUAUACAUCAACACCAGUGCAGACUUCCUGGUCGGGUGUGAGUGCACCGACGGCUGUCGAGACAAGUCCAAAUGCUCUUGCCACCAGCUGACCCUUCAGGCUACAGGUUGUACACCGGGGGCACAGAUUAACACCAAUGCUGGAUUUUUGCACAAACGAUUAGAGGAGUGCCUCCCUACAGGGAUCUACGAGUGUAAUAAGCGGUGUAAAUGCUGUGCUGAGAUGUGCACCAACAGGCUGGUGCAGCAUGGUCUGCAGGUGCGUCUCCAGCUCUUUAAGACCCAGAACAAAGGCUGGGGCAUCCGCUGUCUGGAUGACGUGGCCAAAGGCUCUUUUGUCUGCAUCUAUGCUGGUAAAAUCUUGACGGACGACUUUGCUGACAAAGAAGGUCUAGAGAUGGGCGACGAGUAUUUUGCCAAUCUGGACCAUAUAGAGAGUGUGGAGAACUUCAAGGAGGGCUAUGAGAGCGAGGCUCACUGCUCGGACAGCGAGGGGAGCGGCGUGGACGUGUCGAGGAUAAAAAUCCAACCCUCCGCUUUAGUAACAAAUAAAGCUGGAGGGAGGCUGCCCAGAAAGGGUGAGUCCAAGCCCAAAGCCCAAACCGCAAGCUCGGGAGACAGCAAUGACGAAGAUGAGAAGGACUCAAAGAGCGAAGACGAAAGUGACAGUUCGGACGACACGUUUGUGAAGGAAAACUACUUCAGCUCCAGCUCGGUGUGGAGGAGCUACACCACCCGGGGUCAGGCCAAGGGCAACAAGGAAGGGAGUCAAGACAGUAAAGAUGGCUUGAGCCUUUCAGCAAAAGGAACCGAUGAGGAGAAGAAUCCGCCGUCCAUGCCUGAGGAGACGGGGAAAAGCAAAGUGGCUUUAUGGCUCACCAGCCAGGGGCUGAAGAAGGAGUCCGGGGACGGCAAAAGUCAAGUGAAGUCAGAGUCGGGGAAGAAGCAGGAUGUGAUGACUCUCUCUGACAGUGAUGAUGUUCAGACCAUCAGCUCUGGAUCUGAAGACAACAAGGAGAAAGAGAAAGUCAUCCCGGGUGUGACUAAGAAGCAGGUAGCAGUGAAAUCUACUCGUGGGAUCGCUCUGAAGGGCAGCCACGGCAUGAUGGUGAAAACGGGACCACCUGGAGGCGGGGGAGGGCAGGGAGGUCAGGGAGGGAAAACAGGAAAGCAGGGACACACUGGGGGAGGCGGGGAAAACACUUACAAAAAUUCCCGCCUGUUCUUUGACGGGGAAGAGUCCUGCUACAUCAUUGAUGCCAAGUUGGAAGGAAACCUCGGGCGGUACCUCAAUCACAGCUGUAGUCCUAACCUUUUCGUCCAGAAUGUGUUUGUGGACACGCAUGACUUGAGGUUUCCCUGGGUGGCGUUCUUUGCCAGCAAGCGGAUCCGGGCCGGCACGGAGCUGACGUGGGACUAUAACUACGAGGUGGGCAGCGUGGAGGGGAAGGUGCUGCUGUGCUGCUGCGGGUCCACCGAGUGCAGAGGGAGGCUGCUGUGAUCCUUCUCUGCUUUAUCUGUUGGAAACUAGAAGUCCUUUUAACUCUGUAACUUUGUUCUGUUUUUGUUUGAUAUUUUUUAAAGUUGAUCCAUGCAUUUUAUUACAGCUGUUUUGCGGCUUUAUUUUAUAAGAAACAUGUUUCCUGAUGUGUCUCAUUUUAUCCAUAAAUCUCUUUCUUUACACAUGAAUAAAGAAUAAAAUGCAAUGUUUCUUCAAUGAA